UCUAAAAGAAUAAUGGUCCUAAAAAUAAUUAGCUAUGAAAAAUUCCCACCGUAUCACAUUGGACUUUGUAAGAAGAAAAGGCAAAUGUCCUUUACCAUUCCAUCAGUCAGCAAAACAGGUUCCCAAACAAGCUUUUCUUACCUUGAACUUUUACACGGUAUUUGCAAAGGGGAAGAAGACUGUCCUAGCCAGCAUAAAGGUUGCAAGACUGGUGGAAAAUAACAAGAAAACAGCUCCCGUUCCUGCUUAGGAAGCCAGCUCCCCUAUAAAGAGGCUCCAGCAGAAGCAGUGCUCAGUGGUCCUCGACUGACUACACAGCAAAACUGCGAGAAGAACGGAUAGAGAGAAGCAGGAGCAAUACACCUAAGGGAUCCAACGCCAGAACAACAAUUCCACUGAACAGAAAGUUUCUCCAGUCUAGCGCCUGGAUGAAAGCAACUGCUGGAGUCAUGAAUGCCUCGCGCUUUCUCUCUGCUCUUGUUUUUGUUCUCCUCGCUGGAGAGAGCACAGCUUGGUACUACAAUGCCUCCAGUGAGCUCAUGACGUAUGAUGAAGCCAGUGCAUACUGUCAGCGGGACUACACACAUCUGGUGGCAAUUCAGAACAAGGAAGAGAUCAACUACCUUAACUCCAAUCUGAAACAUUCACCGAGUUACUACUGGAUUGGAAUCAGAAAAGUCAAUAACGUAUGGAUCUGGGUGGGGACGGGGAAGCCUCUGACAGAGGAAGCUCAGAACUGGGCUCCAGGUGAACCAAACAACAAACAAAGAAAUGAGGACUGUGUAGAGAUUUACAUCCAACGAACCAAAGACUCGGGCAUGUGGAAUGACGAGAGAUGUAACAAAAAGAAGCUGGCUCUGUGCUACACAGCUUCGUGUACCAAUGCAUCCUGCAGUGGUCAUGGUGAAUGCAUAGAGACCAUCAAUAGUUACACCUGCAAGUGCCACCCUGGCUUCCUGGGACCCAACUGUGAGCAAGCUGUGACUUGCAAACCACAGGAACACCCUGACUAUGGAAGCCUGAACUGCUCCCACCCGUUCGGCCCCUUCAGCUAUAAUUCCUCCUGCUCCUUUGGCUGUAAAAGGGGCUACCUGCCCAGCAGCAUGGAGACCACCGUGCGGUGUACGUCCUCUGGAGAGUGGAGUGCGCCUGCUCCAGCCUGCCAUGUGGUUGAAUGUGAAGCUUUGACCCACCCUGCCCACGGUAUCAGGAAAUGUUCCUCAAAUCCUGGGAGCUACCCAUGGAACACGACAUGCACGUUUGACUGUGUGGAAGGGUACAGGCGAGUUGGAGCUCAGAAUCUACAGUGUACCUCAUCUGGCAUCUGGGAUAACGAGACGCCAUCAUGCAAAGCUGUGACCUGUGACGCCAUCCCUCAGCCUCAGAAUGGCUUUGUGAGCUGCAGCCACUCAACAGCUGGAGAACUUGCGUUUAAGUCAUCCUGUAACUUCACCUGUGAGCAGAGUUUCACGUUGCAGGGGCCAGCGCAGGUUGAAUGCAGCGCACAAGGGCAGUGGACACCACAAAUCCCAGUCUGCAAAGCUGUCCAGUGUGAAGCCUUAUCUGCGCCACAGCAGGGCAACAUGAAAUGUCUUCCCAGUGCUUCUGGACCUUUCCAAAAUGGGUCCAGUUGUGAGUUCUCCUGCGAAGAAGGAUUUGAACUGAAGGGAUCAAGAAGACUUCAGUGUGGUCCAAGAGGGGAAUGGGAUAGCAAGAAGCCCACGUGUUCAGCUGUGAAAUGUGAUGAUGUCCCUCGGCCCCAGAAUGGCGUCAUGGAGUGUGCUCAUGCUACUACUGGAGAAUUCACCUACAAGUCCUCAUGUGCCUUUCAAUGCAAUGAGGGCUUUAGCUUGCAUGGCUCAGCUCAACUUGAGUGCACAUCUCAGGGAAAGUGGACCCAGGAAGUCCCCUCCUGCCAAGUGGUACAAUGUCCAAGCCUUGACGUCCCGGGAAAGAUGAACAUGAGCUGCAGCGGAACAGCAGUUUUCGGCACAGUGUGUGAGUUUACAUGUCCUGAUGAUUGGACACUCAAUGGAUCUGCAGUUCUGACGUGUGGUGCCACGGGACGCUGGUCUGGGAUGCCGCCUACCUGUGAAGCCCCAGUCAGCCCCACCCGUCCCUUGGUAGUUGCACUUUCUGCGGCAGGAACCUCACUCCUGACAUCGUCCUCAUUGCUCUACUUGUUGAUGAGAUACUUUCGGAAGAAAGCAAAGAAAUUUGUUCCUGCUAGCAGCUGCCAAAGCCUUCAAUCGUUUGAAAACUACCAUGUGCCUUCUUACAACGUCUAGGUUCAAAACAAUCAGGAACACAAAUGCAUCGUGGGAAAUAGAAUGAUAAGCUGAAGACAGCAGGAAAUGAACUGUCUACAGAAUCCUGGUUCCUCUUGCCUGCUUAAAAACUGGGAUCCCGACUCCAUGGAUCAAAACUGAGUGACAAGGCCAGCCCUCUACUAGAAUGACUCAGUUUCCUCUUUCCUAGUUAGUGACAGUAUGAAGAACAUGCUGCCACAGAAGGUGGAGGUGCUCUCUUCAAAAGAGAGUGAAUGGACGGGGGAGAGCGCGAGCUGGAAUAGCAGAAUCCAUUCUGACUCUUAGUCAUGCUAGAAUUUGGGAACAGAAACAGCGUUUUAUUGCUUUGUUUCUUUCUCUUGUUCCCCACACAGUGUGUCAACAGCUAAUUCCAGUAUUGUUGUCACAGGCGUAAAUAAUAUUUAUCAGCAGUUUUGAGCAAAUGAUUUUCUAUUUCUAUCUUGAAAAACAAAAAAGGCAGAAUUGCCAUAUUCUCAGGUUAUGGCCUAGGAGUGUCAUUACGGGUACAAGGUGCAGUUCCUGGUGAAUAUAACAUGUUAAGACUGCUAGGCAGACAUAUUGGCUUUAUCCCCAUGGGAUUCAGUGGCUGCCGAAGUAUUCUUGAACAUUGUGUUCUGUGUCCUGGCACUGAAGCCAGCAUGAGAUCCAUCAUUCUUAUGUCAGCUCAAGGGUCAAAAGGACUUAAAAAAAAAUCAGAAUCCUGUGGCCUAUCACAUGGCAAAAGUUAUCCUAAAUCUUUUUUUUAAUUAGAAAAUCCCUAAAUCUAAAAUUAAUGUUAUAUCUGCAGCCCACUUAUUUUCAAAAUGAGAAAUUAAUAAUCAGUGUGAAAUCCUGAGUAUUUAACGGUAGCUGGUUUUAAGACAUGGUACUAUCAGAAGAAUAGAAAGUGAAGAGAGAGUUUAGAUAUUUGAUCCCCCCCUGCCCUGCCAAGGUUUUUUUUUUUCUGGAAGAGAGACCAUCCUUGAAGCUAAAUGUUCUGAUUUAAUAAAAGCAUAAAUGAUAAAAAGUACAUUUUAAUGUAUUUAAGAGCAUGUCAAAAUGUGAACAUGCUGUGAUUCCUAAAAGAGUGGUUCUUUUACACGACAAACACGUGAUUCUUAUACCUUGUAUCUAAUUCUAAAUCCACGAUGAGGUGUCACCCUGUAAUCAAUGCAGACAAUGGACUUUUAAAGAGUAAAGGUGUCCAGUGGUUAUUCUAGUUCAUAUGUUCUAGAGGAGGGGAAAGCUGGUGAACACAGUGAUUAUGUUAUGUUACAGAGAAUAAAACUCCUAAGCAAUUUCAUCUGCAACUGGCAAUGACAUACACUUGGUCUGUAAAUGCCAGCUCUGUUCCUGCCAAAAGUGUCCCAAGUUCCAAAUUAACAUAUUAGAGAAAGAAAAUUUUUGGGAGGUCCUCGCUGAUUGGUGGCGGUGGAAAAGCCAACAGGGAACAGGAAGUGUGAUAGGCAUUAGGAUGAGAGAGGAGUGACAGAGAGAGAGAGAGAGAGAGAGAGAGAGAGAGAGAGAGAGAGACUGUGAGAAACUGCACAAUGUAAAUGGUUGUAUAUUUUGUAUCAGAAAUUACUGUGUGAAAUAUAAGUGUGGUCUGUAUCUAAGUCCUGAUUGAGUAUUUUAAAUUAUGAUUUAAAAUAUUUUAUGGUGUAAGAGUAUGUAUUUAUUUAAAUAUGUUAAACUUAUUGUAUUCACAUAUGAGUAUAAUGUUUUGCAAUAAACGCGUUUCUACUUA